UUUAUGUGAGGAAUUAUUGGGAGUCAUACCACAAGAAGGUGAAAUUAAAGGUAGUGUAGUUAAAUUAAGUUGGCUGGCUCACCAUUUUGAUCAAAUUAAUAAUGACGACGACGAAGAACAAGUACGAAGGUUUGCCCGUGCAUGGAUACUGAGAUUUAUUGGAGGUGUCUUGUUCGUUGACAAAACCAGUAACAGAGUUUCGGUAAGGUACCUUCAAUUUUUAUGUGACUUUGAAGAAUGUGGCAGAUAUGCAUGGGGAGCUGCCGUACUUAGUUUUCUAUACAGAGAGAUGUGCAGUGCCACCGAUUAUAAAACUAAAUCAAUCGGAGGUAUGUGCAUCUUACUACAAUUGUGGGCAUGGGAACGAUGUCCCACCUUGGCUCCAAAGAGGACUCCUUCCCACAUAGAAAAUACACCACUAGGGCACAUGUGGCUGCGACGUGGAAACCAACAUAUCGGCAAUGAUGAUGUGAAAGUUUUUUGUCGCAAGUUCGAUAUUAUGAAACGUCAUGAGUUUGUGUGGGAGCCUUACCCAUCAACCGUUAUGUCAUUCUUGCCUCCCGUUUGUUUAGUCGGAAGUCUUGCGUGGUAUGCGGUGGUGCCACUAAUUUGUUUCCAAGUUAUUGAGUGACACCAACCGGACAGAGUCUUGAGACAAUUUGGGAUGCAACAACCAGUUCCAGAGUCUCCUUCACAACCCCUAAACAUUCAUGGCAUAACAUUAAAGGGGAAACAUGACGAAAAUUGGGGGCAAUUGUUCGCCCCAAUGAUUCAGCAGUGGAAUAAUCGGCAUGCAUUUAGGGUCGACGCUUAUCCCCGACAAGAAGGCCUAUUGAGUUUUAACUCGGACUACAUGGUCUGGUAUAGGCGAAAGACAAAGAUGUUUGUUGACCCAGAAAAUGCAAAGACGACUACAUUGGUAUUUUUUAAUUUUUUUUCAAAUUUUAAGUUGAACUUUUAUUUAAUGAUGGCCAUUAAUUUUGUUACCGUUACAAAUGCAGGGUGAAGUUGCAGAGGCAUUACAAUACAUGGUGUCUCCUCAAGGGAGGAAAACAUGCACAUUUGAUGAUCUCGUGCCUUAUGUGGAAAAAAUUACAAUUUUAUCCGAAGAGCAAGAGAGAGUCACUGAGCCAGUGUCACAUGGUCCCGCAUCAGAGCGUCAAUUUCCCGCACAACAGUUUCACAUGCUUCAGUCAAGUAUUGAAACUCAGGGGAUAGACAGAAGAAGGGACACUGUUGAAGCAGAAGAAUAUUCCCAACAAAUGGCGGAGCGUGGCCAUGGAAUGUAUUACACGCCACAAACAUUUGCUGAGUAUCCGACACAGAUGUAUCAGUAUCCUUUUCAGGGUCAUGACACUGAUACUUCUGCAACCCAGCAUUCGUUCGGUGGUUUUGCGGAAACACAAGCUCAAUUUUCAUGGCCCACAAUGACCCCUUCACAGCAAUAUCAUGGGCCAAUUCCAACACCUAAUGCCCCGUUAGGAACACAAUGGAAUGUACCGGGACAAAUACCUAAUACAGGUGACUUAUUCGGUGUUGAUUUGCGUAACGCAUUUUCUGCGGAGGCUGACGAAGAAGAAGCGGGGAGGCAUCGGGGCAGAAGAAAUCCUGAUCGCCAAGCACGAAGAUGGGAUCGACCAUGUGGCACAUCCUCACGACAUCACGGACACCAAAAUGAAUGAUUUGCAUGUCUCUGUUGAUUAAGGCUUUGUUGUAUAUUUGUAAUUUGACAUUCAUGGCGUAAUGUAUGAUAUUCAGUUUAUUAA